GGGGCCGGAGGCGGCGCGCGGAGAGGCUCUGACAGGACGGGUCGAAGAGGGUCCCGUGGCCGGAGCCGGGCGACGGAGAAUCCCGGGUGCCAGCACCAGAGCAGCGGCUCUCCGCACUAACUCGCCUCUCCUGAUCAGCCGUAACCCCUGCCGCAGAGCCGGGCAACUCUCAGCUGUCGCCCGCGGAGCCCCGAGGGCCCCUCGCCUCACCUGUGCGUGCCGCGCCUGGCGCGCCCUGUCCAGCUGCGGAGAUGAGCGAGCUUAAUACCAAAACAUCCCCAGCAACCAACCAGGCAGCUGGCCCAGAGGAAAAAGGAAAAGCUGGCAAUGUCAAGAAGGCAGAGGAGGAGGAGGAGAUUGACAUUGAUCUGACAGCACCAGAAACAGAGAAGGCUGCUCUUGCUAUUCAGGGCAAGUUCCGGCGAUUUCAGAAAAGGAAAAAGGAUCCCAGCUCCUGAAUGGCCAGACUUGCCCUUCACCUUCACCCUAGUCCCUUCUCUCCCCUUCUCCACACCCAUGUAUCUUUACCCCUUAUCCCUCUAGCCUUUCCUUGAGGCAAGUUCAACUCUUAUAUAUUCUUGUAUCUGGCCCCCUCAAGCCAUCACAGAAGUAGAGGCACAAGAGAGGUGGAGAAGAUGAAGACUUCAAUCAGCAGUCACUUGUCUAAGGGUGGAACAAUUUCUUCUUGGGAUAAGGUUUUUUGAUCAGGCAAGCUAUGCCUGCCCUGUAUGGUUGAAUAAGAGGCUUCGAGGCUGAGAGGUCUCCCCAAAGAACAAUGUGGGAAGGAGGUGAAGGCCUUCAGAGUAGGGUGCCUGAGGGUGGGACAUAUGCACUGUUCUGCUAGUUACAGUAUUCACACUUUAAGUAACAUUUUUUUUCCCCUUCAGAUCCUUCUGCACCAACUCCAACUUCCCCUCCCGGGAUCUAAGCCACAGUGGGGACUGGAGCCUCCCUUUCCCCCUAGGCAGACCUAAAUCAAUCAGUUUAUCACAAUAGUGCAUGCUGAGUAGAUUAGUUCCAAGGAAGGGAGACUGGCAUGGUGGUGUCAAGGAAAAGGCUCCCUCAUCAUCUAGUCUAGGACCAUAAUGGGCAGAAGCAGAAGAGGUUCCAGGGUCACAGGCAGGGGAAUGAGAAGUAGGGCACAUAUAGGGAGGAAAGAAAAGUGAAGAAGGGGGAAAUCUCUGAAGUCACACAUUACUGCUGGGAAAAGUGUACUACAUGAAGGAUUAUUGGGGCUUUGCUAACCUGCUUACCUCUUACCCCCCCAAGUCUAGCCAUCCCCAGAGGCCAUACAAACCAAGUGACUCCUGUAGUUCCCAUUUGCCCCACUAUGGAGUCAGAGUAAAAGUGGAAUAGCCACUCCAUGUGAUUUUAGCAUGUUUAAUAAUUUUAACAAUAAACCACCCCACAAAUGGGGUCAUUUAACCUCUA